AUGGGAAUCACAAACGGCUUAGCCAAUAUCUCUGGUUUCUUGGUGCCUGCUUUCGUAGGAUGGGCUGUCAGAGAUGGAGUAAAUGACAAUGGGUUUUUGUCUUUUUUAACAGAAGUUCCAUCCUUUUUUAACGCACAAUUUCCACUUACUUACCCAAUAAUAGCACCGUUAUAUUCAGAUGUGGACACGAGAGGAUCUGGCAGAGUUUAUUACAGAGAAACUCAGGCAUCAGAACUUCUUGAACGAGCCACAAGAGAUAUUCGAAGUCAUUUUUCGAAUGCAGGAUCAUUUCAGCCUCGAAGUCUUUUCAUCGUUACAUGGGAAGAAGUGGGACAUUACAACAGAGGAACUGAUAAACAAAACACCUUUCAAGUAAUCUUGGCAUCAGAUGGAGAUGAUACUUAUGCAUAUUUCUUAUAUCCGUCCGGAGGUGUGCAGUGGAUUCAAGGGCAAGGCAAAAAUCCCGACCUGCCAGAUGCCCGAGCACAAGCUGGAUUCAUGUCUGGAGAUGGACGAUUGUACACUCUCAGAGGUUCUGGAACCGAACAAGAAAGAAACUUUGACAGAAUGUCAAAUGCUCGGAAGCCAGGCCUUUGGCUUUUCCACAUUGGUCGCCCGCUUGGUUCAGAGGGCAAUGUUAUGCCUGCAGAUCUCGAAUCCUCGCCAAAUAACGAAGAUAGGCCGGAUGGACAGUCUGCUACAUGUGCGGAUACACUUCUUCCUUGUUCUCCUCAUUCAACUUGCAUCGAUCACCCUGAAAAAGAUGGUUUUUGCUGCGUGUGUAAAGACAAUUAUUUCGGGAACGGAAGAAACUGUGCCGAGAAAAAUUCUCCUCAGAGAAUGAAUGGCAAAGUGAGCGGCAUGAUUAACGAUGUGCAACUUCAAGAUGCGGACCUGCACGCGUACAUCGUGACAGAAGAUGGUCGGACGUACACAGCAAUAAGUCGUGUUCCCUCGGCAGUUGGAUCAGACCUGCAAAUACUCACCCCUCUAGGAGCGGUCGUUGGGUGGCUUUUUGCUGUUUCACGAAGUGGAGCACCUAACGGAUUCACUAUAACAGGUGGCGCUUUUAACCGUACUGUUGAAGUGGACUUCCCUCAAUCUGGACAUCACGUGUUCAUCGAGGAGUCCUUCCUCGGCCCCGAUGUCUUCAAUUACAUGAGAGUUCAAGUGAAAAUCAGAGGAACGCUGCCAUCGAUACCAGAUGGCUCCAAGAUUGAAAUUCCAGAUUAUGAGGAGGAAUAUACCCGAAUUUCUGAAGGUCUUAUUCGAUCACAUGCUUCUCGAUCUUAUCGAUUGGAGGGAAACAAUUUGGAAGUGCCUUUUACCCUAGACCAGACCAUCACUUACAGCGAAUGCGAAGUGCCCAUGCUGACCACUCGAUUGAAGGUGGCAAGGAACUUCAUCGUUUAUGAUGGACAAGAGCAGAUUGUUCGUUAUGCUAUGACGAAUAAAAUCUCGCCUCUGAGUGUGGAAGACCCCUGCAAAGAAGGCCGUCACCAAUGUGAACCAAAUAGUAACUGCGUAGUGGAAGGCGAUUCCUUCCGCUGUGCAUGCUCACAAGGGUAUCAAGCCAUUUACGAAGAAGCCAUUGAAGCAAAGCGUACUACCUGCAUUGGUAAUGGUGUAGUUUGCGUGGAGGACUCUUGCGAUAUCGCAGACAAUUGUAAUCCAGAUGGUAGCUGCUUAUACGAUGAAGUAGGAGAAGCGUACUAUUGUGCCUGCAAUGCUGGCUUCUCCGGAGAUGGUUACGUGUGUCUUCCAGAACGACCAUUUUCUAGUUGUGACGUCAUUAAUAACUGUCAUCCUGCUGCCCAGUGUGUGUUUGAUUCCCAAUCACAGAGGUAUCAAUGUCGGUGUAACGCUGGCUACAGAGGCGAUGGUCAGACUUGCACUCGAGCCGAUGAUGUGGGUUGCGAUCGUGUCAACAUAUGCUCUCCCCAUGCAUUGUGUACCAGAGAUGAAUUUGUGGGGAGAUACGUCUGCCGUUGUAAUGAGGGGUAUGAAGGGGACGGCCAGACGUGCACACCUGUUGACGAAUGCAGUACAGCUGACAACUGUGACCCCAACGCACAGUGCCUGUACGACUCAGGCAGCCAGAGGUAUCGUUGUCAGUGCUUGGCUGGGUUCAGAGGCACCGGAAGAAUUGGUGGAUGCAGUCCAGAUCUUGAUGCUUCAUGUAAUGUACGCAACACUUGCCACGAACAGGCUGUUUGUGCUUAUGAUUCGGUAGAUUUGCGAUACCGGUGUCAGUGUAACCCGGGAUACAACGGCGAUGGUUACAGGUGCGAAAAGGCUGAGAUUCCCUGCAACGUCAUAAACAGUUGUCAUGUGAGAGCUGAAUGUGUUUAUGAUUCAGGUUCUAGAGGAUACAGGCUGAAGAAUUUAAUUCUAGCACAGCUGUGUCAAUCGAGCAGUUUCGUUGAAGAGAUUCGACAACAGUCAAGAAAAGAAGUACAGGUUGAAGAUUUUAUUGAAGAGUGCUUGUGA